AUGUUCAAACUCAGAUCUAUAUUUUCAAUCGCUCUAUUAUGUGCGAACUUAGUGUCUUCCUACCCUUUGCUGGCCCGAGGAAGCCAUGACGACAAGGCGAGAGACUCGCACUGGGUGAAUAUAUGGGCCACAAUGCCCCAGUUGGUCGAGCCCGCUAACCUACCCCCUAUUCCAUUUAAUGGGUCCACCGCUGUCUUCAGCAACACUACUAUCCGUCAAACUCUCCAAGUUUCAUUACCUGCACAAGAGAUCCGUAUUCGACUCUCUAAUGCAUUUGGCCCAAACGAGCUCCAGGUCACUAAGGUGACUAUCGGCCUACCGGCGGGACAGCGGGUGGGAGUCAGUGAGCUACAGACCAAGUCAUUGAAAACUAUCCUCUUCAAUGGAAGCCCAGAUGUGGAGAUCUCGAACGGUGGUCAGGUUGUGUCUGACCCAAUAAAGUUCCCCGUUCAGGCCCAAUCGGCUCUCAUGAUCAACAUAUAUCUCGCAGAGGGACAACAAGGUUUCUCUAUUACCGGCCAUCCUGGAAGCAGAACGACAUCAUACCUGGAUUUUGGGGAUUGGACUAGCUCAGAGAACCUCACGGACCCAUCUGUUCAAAGCACGGAUCACUGGUACUUCAUCAGUGGAGUAGAGGCUUUUCUACCUUCCAAGUCUAGUGCCUUUGUGAUCAUUGGCGACAGUAUCACCGAUGGGCGAGGAAGUACUACAAACGGCAACGAUCGUUGGCCGGAUCUAUUGGUGGCAAGAAUGCAAAAACAUAAACACACGUCAAACAUCGCCAUUCUCAACCAGGCCGCUGGCGGAAAUCGUAUCCUACAAGAUGGCCUGGGUCCAAAUGUGAUCAGCCGUCUUGGCCGGGAUGUCCUAGCACAAUCUGGAGUGCGAUAUGCCAUGAUUUUCGAAGGCGUCAAUGACAUCGGCGUCGCUGAUAGUGAUGUGGCCACGCAGGCGGAGAUCGAGAAAAAACUUGUUGCAGCAUAUAAACAGAUCGCGACACAGGUGCAUGCCCUAGGCAUUCCGAUAUUUGGUGCUACCAUCACACCGUUCGGCUCACCGCCGACUUCAGACUAUGUGCAGCCUUACUCAAGUGCCGUGCGAGAGGGGACUCGUCAACGAAUCAAUACGUUUAUUCGGGAAAGUGGUGUGUUUGAUGCGGUACUGGACUUUGACAGGGCGCUGAGGGAUCCGCAUGCGCAAUCUCAGUUGCUAGAGAAAUAUGAUUCGGGAGAUCAUCUUCAUCCUACUGUGGCGGGGUAUCAAGCUUUGGCUGAUUAUUUCCCUCUCGGGGUACUCGAGUGA